AUGGAGACACAAACCCCUUGCUUGGUCGUUCCGAGAGAAACUUCAAAUGUUCCUAUUAAUUCGGCUUCUCGUCCAAGACACCAGCGACGCAAAUCCAAAGAAGUUUGUUGGUUCGUUGGUUUCGAUGGUUGUACAAGCACAAUUCCUACACGUUUCCACGGUACUACCCAACCAUCAAUUGAGCCUGUGUCAGGACACAACAGAUGCACCUUAUUAAAGUUGAUAUAA